CAGCGAACAAGUGCAUGGUUUAUAUUGCUGGUACAGACAGUAAGGCUGGACGGCAUACUUUCGUACUAGUAACAUUUAGGGUUAUCUGAAGUUCCUUUUCAUAGAAUACGCUUUUAUUUUUUGUCGUUUUGCUAGGCGGAACGAAGGACCAUUAUUUUGUGCCACACGGAACUUGGAGUUGAGGCAAAAGAUACAUCAAGUAAACUAAAGUAACAUUAGCAACAAGUAUUUGUAACAAUACAUGUGGAUGAGACGGUGUUAUAAACGCACAAAUGUUUAAAAACACCUUUCAAAGUGGAUUCCUAUCUAUCUUGUAUAGCAUUGGGAGUAAACCUCUUCAGAUUUGGGAUAAAAAGGUAAGCAACGAUUUACAAAAGCCUUCGCAUGAAUUAGCUUGCCAACUAGCAAAUAUGACAAGGCUAGUUAACAUCGGCUAGCUAGCUAGGUAACUAAAGAGCAGGGCUUGGUAUGGUGCUAAGCUCCAGGGAGCAAGCAGCUAGCCAUCUAGCUAACCAGCUUACUCAUGACAAUGACAGUAGAAACCUAUACGUUAGCUUGCUAACGUUAGCUGGUUUUGUGGUCCUCAAACUGCCCUGUUUUUAGCUAGCACUAGGACAUCUUGUUUUAGCUCAUUUGACAGCGUUUGUCAUUGCCACUGUCUUAAUCAAGCCUUAGCUAGCAAGCUAACUAACGUUUGUUUAUUAGCUAGGUUAAAUACCCAUUAGUUCCACAGGGCUUGGCUUAACUUUCUGGGUUCACAUUCAAUACUCAGACACACAUUUCUUAAAAGUAGUAGCUAGCCAACCCAUUACAAACGGUUGCUUGUGCUGUUACAGGUCAGGAACGGCCACAUAAAGCGGAUUACAGACAACGACAUUCAGUCGCUGGUGCUUGAAGUGGAGGGAACAAAUGUCAGGUAAGCUUGUUCCAUCUUCAGAGCCUGUUUUGGCAGGUCCGCUGUUGUGCAUCUCUUCUUCAGUCAACCACAUCCAAUCAUGUGUUCUUAAAUUAAACAGCACAACCUACAUCACAUGUCCGGCAGACCCAAAGAAGACACUUGGCAUCAAACUCCCUUUCUUGGUUAUGAUCAUAAAGAACUUGAAGAAGUAUUUCACCUUCGAAGUCCAGGUAGGUUAUCAUACAAGUCAACAAUCAGAGCCAUUGCAUCUGUACAAGCAUGAAAGCUGAACGUUAUUGUAUUAUAAUUAUUUGAAACAAGUCAUCAUAAGUUUCUGUUAGCCGGUAAUAGACUGCUUUUGUCCAAUUUUUUGUUGUUGUUGAAAAGCGGAUAAAUAAAAUUGCUGCUGGUCAAUUGUCAGGGAGAAGAAGAAAAAAUCCCAUUGCGAAAUAAUGCAUUUUAGCCUAUUCACUGAUGUAAAUACCAGUUUAAAUCGGUCUAUAGGUUAAUUUGCAUACUUUUGUGGAAUUAAAUUGGCGCGUGUGUUCAGUAUAUUCGUAUGCAUCUUAUUUAUCACACGCUGCAGCAUACAGAUAUAGAGCCUUUGAGUGGAAAAUAUGUCAGACAGUGCAAGAGCUGCUGCUGAAGCAUCUUGUGGUGCUUUCAAGACAACUGGGAACUCUGAAAAAUACGAGGUCAAAUCAUGACGUCAGUGAUCUUCAGGUCGGAAAGUCGGAGCGCUAGGCACAAGUGCCCGAGUUGGAUGACCAUUCAAAACUAUUUUUCCCAGUCAGAGCUUGUUUUUUUCCCCAGUUCCCAGUUGUAUCAAACGGCAACGGAAGGCAGGCUUCAUCAGUGCCUGACACACCACUUUGCUGGUCGAGCUGGAGUCAGUAUGCAUUUUGAAAACAUAUACUUAAUUGUUUGAAACCUGAACGUUUUAAUGCAAUCCCAGGUUUUGGAUGACAAGAAUGUGAGGAGGAGGUUCCGGGCCAGUAACUACCAGAGCACCACUCGGGUGAAGCCCUUCAUCUGCACCAUGCCCAUGAGGCUGGACGACGGCUGGAAUCAGAUCCAGUUUAACCUGUCAGACUUCACACGGCGGGCCUACGGCACCAACUACAUCGAGACACUCCGCGUACAGGUCAGUCAGAAAGGCUCAUGGACCAGGGUCAUGGCCCAGGAUGCAAUAUACGGAUCUCUUACCUAGCCUGGUCCCAGAUCUUUGUGCUGCCUUGCCGACUCUUAUGGUCAUUGCCAUGCCAAGUUUGGUGACCGUAGGAGUUGGCGAGACAGCACACACAGAUCUGGGACCAGGCUAGCUCUUACGUCAAAUGGUUGUGGAGGAAUAAUAAGAUACUGAACUCAUUGUUACUGUAAUACACACUUUAAAAAGGGGGUGUGAAACUAAUUUAGAUGAUUGUUAGUGAGCUUGACAGUCAGGAAAUGGGAUAAAUGUAGGUCCAUUAUCAUUUCUACAAAGUUUCUAUUUGGUGUUAGUCAUUUUAAUGUAUAUUGAGUUCUCUCCCCCCGUGCUUUAAAAUAUCAGUUAGGCUAUGUUUUGGACAAGAAUAGAUAUUGCAAUACCUUGCCUGUGUUUUUGUUGCAGAUCCACGCAAACUGCCGCAUCCGGAGAGUGUACUUCUCUGACAGACUGUACUCGGAAGAUGAGCUCCCUGCUGAGUUCAAACUUUAUCUACCCGUACAGAACAAAGCCAAGGUGAGUACAAGUAAUGUCAAUUUUUCAAGAUGUUAAAGGUGCCAAUGUUGUCAUGUAGGCCUACAGCUCAUACUGGGUGUCUCCCUAAUGGCACCCUAUUCCUUUUAUAGUGCACUACUUUCGACCAAGACACAUAGAGCUCUGGCCUAAAGUAGUGCACUAUACAGGAUGCAAACACUGUCUCGUAUGUAUCUCAAAGAAUGAGCAAGAUCCGUUGAAGAAAAGUACAUCUAUUGCAGUUCUUGUAGCUAAUUGACAUUUGUCUUUUGUUUCUUUGCAGCAGUAAGGCAGCUGAAUCAAUUAUCCUCCCCCAUUUGAUGUUUAUUUUAUUUGCAGAUAGUCUACAUUUGUUGUAAUGUUUGUUUUGCUUUUAUGUAUUUUGGAACCAUGUGAUUGUUUUCUCUGCACAAUAAACAUUUUGUAUGCAC